AUGAUUUUUUUAUUAUGUAUUAUUGGAAUAGCAGUAUCAGUUCACAUUAAUAAACAUGGAAACUUUGUUGAUGAAGUAAUAACUUUAUUAAUUAUAAGAAUGGAGCAAUCAGAAUCUUCCAUGGCUUUAAUGUAGUCUAUAAACCAGCUCCAUAUUUCCCCAUAACUGAUCAUUUCGAUGUGAUGACAUCAUUUUCUGAUGAAGAUUGCUAACUCCUAGUUGAUUUAGGGUAAUUAUAAUUAAAUAUUAUCUUCAUAGAUUUAAUGUAAUUAGAUUACAUGUUGCAUUUGAAGCUGGAAUGCCCUAAAGAGGAAUAUUAAAUGAUGAAUAUCUAUUCCACAUAAGAGAAAUAGUGAGAUUAGCUGCAAAAUAUAAUAUUUACGUUAUUCUUGAUGCUCAUUAAGACUUAUUAAAUAGAUAGUUUUGUGGAGAAGGAUUUCCAGAUUGGGCUGUCACUAAAACAGAUUUUCCAGCUCCAUAAACAAUUGAAUUAAGAUUAGAUGAAUAAGGAUAUCCAUUAAUUGAGGAUUGUUUGAAAUAGGACAACUUUGCUAAAUUUUAUCUGACAUCAGAUGUUGGCAAGAAUUUAGAAUCAAUAUUGAAAAAUGAAAAUGGUGUAGCAGAUAUGUUUGGACUCUUUUGGAAAAGAGUUGCAGAAUUACAUAAAGGAGAAUGGAAUGUGUUAGGAUAUGAGAUUAUGAAUGAACCUGCCUCUGGUAAUUAUUAAAGAAGCAAAAUAUAAUAUGUAUGGCCAGGAUGGGCUAAUAAACAUCUCAUUAUGCCAUUUUAUUAAAUAAUAAAUAAAUACAUUAGAGAAGUUGAUACUGAAAAACUUGUAUUCUUUGAACCUUAUUUCACAGAUGUUAUGGGAGUUGGAUUCAAGCAUAAUGUAGGUGGCAAAAAGUAUUAAAAAAAAGAAGUAUUGAGCUAUCAUCUUUAUUGUGGAAUUGGUAUUUAUAUUAUUCAUAUCAAAAAGAAAAUGUUUCUACCUUCCUUUGUAAAUAGUUAUAUAAUUUUAUGUAUCCUUUAAAGAAAAUGAACAUCAAUCAUUUAGGAACUGGUGCUAUGUUAACCGAAUUUGGAGCAUUACCAAAUGAACCAUUUGCUAAAGACAUACUCAAUGGUUUAUUGUAUAAAGCAGAUAAAUACCUAUAAUCUUGGGCUUAUUGGUAAUAUAAAGGAUACAAUGAUUUUACAACUGCAUCAAAUAUGUAUGAUGAAGGAAUUUUCAAUUAAGAUGGAUCUCUUUAGAAUUACAAAAUGGAAGCAUUGGUUAGACCUUAUGCUCAACAAAUUUGUGGAUCUAAAGUAUAUUAUUCAUAGUUCAAUUCAAAAAAAUAAUAAUUUAGCUUGAAAUAUGAUUCUAUCUAAAAUUGUGAUACUAUAAUUUAUGUUCCAGAUAUGAAUGCUUUUAAAAAUGGAUUUAAAUUCACUUGUAAAUCUAAGAAAGGAAAAUGUUCAUUAAAAUCUUUAGAUAAGAAUAGAUAAAGAGUUGAUAAUGCUUCAGGUCGCAUUAAAUUAGAAAUAUCAGCAUUGAAUAUUAAUAAAUGA